AUGAGCGGAGCGCCAGGAGCGGGAUCUGGAGGAGUGGGUGGUGGUGCCACCCACAUCUUUCGCUCGCUGUCGUCGGAGAGCCAGAAGCGGGAGUGGUCCAAGCGCCUCUCCCUCCGGGGCAUGCGGCAUGGAGGGGCAGCCGGAGGUCCUGGAGGAUCUGGCACUUCGAGCCUGGCCAGCAGCAAGGAGGAGAGCAAACACAGAAAGUUCUUCAGCCGCUCGGCCUCGUUGCGUCAGGCGGGGAGUGCGGGAGGAGGAGGAGGAGGCGGCGGUGGAGUAGGAGGAAGUGGCAGCCACCAGGCGUCCAUGGAGCUGCAUGUGCCGGGCCAGGAGGGAAGGGGCGGCGGCGGAGGAGCCUCCUCCGGAGCGGGCUCGCCGCAGACCCAGACGCAGCCGUCGACGCCCAAGAAGUCCAACUGGGAGGUGAUCGAACAUUUCAAUACGAGUGCCAAGGGAGGCAAGGCCGUGGUUAGCAGCAGUUUGAUUGCGGCUGGAAUCACGCGCUGCAACAUCGACGAAUCCAUGGACUCCACCAACUCCAGCUCCACCUGCCACAGCCCCAUGAUCUACCAACGUGACGAGACGCAGCUGUUGCAGCCAGGCGAUGCCAGCAACUUGGAGGCCAACAAUCCGAUGCCGAGCGGCGGAGGAGGCGGAACUGCCAAUGGUCCUGUGAGCCCCAGCCUUUCGUUCUGGUUCCGUUUGAACCGCAUCAUCCUGCGCCUCUGCUCCACCCACCAGUUCAAGAAUCUCCAGGUGGAAAUGCUGUAUCAGCGGUAUUUUCUGCGUAUGAACCAGAGCAACACGACGCACAUUUUGGCCCUGCUCUUGGCCCUCAUCCUGGCCCUGUCCUGCACGCAAUUGGUCUUCACCACGCUGCAGCUGCGGCGCAGCACCGCGCUGCUGCUGGAAAUCAGCGAAAUCGGACUGGACGCAAAUGCGACCGUGGCCAACUUGACGACCGCCACAGUGAAGCCUCCACCACUGCUGGCAUCAUCGGAUCAAAUGGCCCGGCUCAGCUCCAUGCCGCUCCUGGCUCCCGGUUCCAAUGGCAGCUGGGCGGGCGGCGCGGCGGGAGGCGGGGAACUGAAAUCCGCCCAUAACCGCAACCUCGACGAUUUUGAAGCGGACCAUAAUGGGCAGCUGGGCGGAGGGGGGCUGGUGUGGCGCCGCCAGAAGCGCAAACAUUAUCGACGCCUCCACAAACACCGAUACAAACACAAGUCCCACCAACAGCACCGCACCAGAUACAGGAUGCGGGAGAAGCGGAGCCUGCAGGACAUUGGGCUGGUCAAGGGUGGAGGGAUCCUGCCCCAGCUGAUUGUUGACACUGCCCCCAAUGAUGCCGAUGUGUACACAGUUGCUCCCGAUGAUGAUGAUGAUGACGUUGAUGAGGGGCGGAGUGCUGGCAGUAAGGGCAGUAAACACAUUACGUAUACGCCGCGUGUCCGCGACUACAAUCAAAUUUCACAAGCGGAACGUGAUGAAGUGUUAAACACCUCGUCAAACGCCGGAGCUGCACCCGAUAAUUCAGACCCACCCCUGGGCUACGGCCACCUCGUCUCCCUGAUCCUGAUGCAGGUGGACGAGUCCGUGCUGGUCUUCCUCAUUGUCAUGCUAAUCUGCGGGAUUGUCUACGCCUUUCUGCUGUGCAUCCUCUCCAAGCCGGCCAUGAACGAGAUCUUCCUGGUGCUCGUGUCCUACGUCAUCCUGGGCACCUUCCUGGCCAUCGAGGUGGCCGUCAGCUACGCCAUGCAACCCAGCAAAUCCUUCAACGGCAGCGCCUGCUGCAUCGUGCUCAUCUACAUGACCUACACGAUGCUGCCCCUCCGCCUCCGGGAGGCUCUGAUCGGAGGAAUCCUCCUGAGCGUCGUCCAUCUGUACACCUGCCUGAGGCUCACCGCGGUGCAGGACGAGGCGGUCCACUUCAUCCACUGGGGGGAGCUCCUCUGCACUUUGGUGGCCCUCCUCCUGGCCAACCUCACCGGCGUCUACACCCACUGGCCCAAGGAGAAGGCCCAGCGAAAGGCGUUCAUCGAGACGCGGCAGUGCAUCGAGGCCAGGCUGAGGACUCAGCGCGAGAAUCAGCAGCAGGAACGCUUGUUGCUGUCGGUGCUGCCGCGUCAUGUGGCCAUGGAGAUGAAGGACGACAUUGCGGGCCAGCCACGUGACACCCAGUUCCAUAAGAUAUACAUCCAGCGGCACGAGAACGUCAGCAUCCUUUUUGCGGACAUCUGCGGUUUCACCAGCCUCUCGGAUCAGUGCACCGCCGAGGAACUGGUGCGUCUGCUGAACGAGCUCUUUGCCCGCUUUGAUCGAUUGGCUGCGGAGCAUCAUUGUCUGCGCAUUAAGCUGCUGGGCGAUUGCUACUACUGCGUCUCCGGGCUCCCGGAACCCCGUCCGGAUCACGCCCAUUGUGCCGUGGAAAUGGGACUCGAUAUGAUUGACGCCAUCGCCCUGGUCCGCGAGGUGAUGGCCGUGAAUGUGAACAUGCGAGUGGGCAUCCAUACGGGCCGGGUGCACUGCGGCGUUUUGGGCCUGGUCAAGUGGCAGUUCGACGUUUGGUCCAAUGACGUCACGCUGGCCAACCACAUGGAGAGUGGCGGGAUUCCCGGGCGCGUGCACAUAACCAAGGAGACCCUGAAGUGUCUGGAUGGCGAUUAUGAAGUGGAGGUCGGCAACGGAAACGAGCGCAAUUCGUAUCUCAAGGAUCAUCAGAUAGAAACGUACCUAAUUGUGCCAGGAGACAUAUAUAGGCCACACAAAAAGUCCAGAAAUCGAUUGCAGGUCAAUGGCAACAUUUCCAAAGAACUUCGUAUGAUGGGGCAUGGCACGGCCCAAAAGCACACUUCAAAAUUUGGAUUCGGCGACAGUUCGGAGAGUGCCAAGGACCCCGAGGAUGAGGUGAAUGAGUAUCUGAUGCGGGCCAUCGAUGCCCGGAGCAUCGAUCAUCUGAGGGCCGAGCACUGCCAGUCCUUGCUGCUCUGCUUCAAGGACAACGUCCUGGAGAGGAAGUACGCCAGCGAACCAGAUCGCAUGUUGUGUGUUUACUUCUACUGCAGUCUGUUGGUUUUGCUCGGCACCAGCAUAAUGCGGCUGGUGGUGUUCCAGAGCUCCCUGCUGACUCUGGCCUCGUCCACUGGCGCUCUGCUGCUGCUCGGGUUCCUGGUAUUUCUGGUGGCAUGUCACAAAAUCAACCUUCAGCUGCCAUCGGACAUCAAACGCUUCUCAUUGCGCAUUCAUAGCAAUCGCAGGGUAUCGCAGUUGUUCGCCCUUGCGAGUGUCGCCCUGAUUGUCCUCACCACCCUGCUGGCCAUGUUUCAGGAAUCGGGCCGCCAAAUGGAGUUGCUCCAAAGGAGACGCUUCUGGCUGGAUAUGAACGGGAGCAUCAGUCUGAACGACACGGAGAUCCACACACGGAUGUCUGCCGCCGAGGAGCCCGAUUGCGAUUUCUAUUUGGCCUACAAUACCUUCCUGCUGCUCACGCUGCUCUCGAUGAUGAGCUGUGCCACCUACCAGGUCCUGCGGAUCCUGCUCAAGCUGCUGCUGCUCCUCCUGGCCUCCGGCAGCUACAUGGCCUGCUCCUCCUACUUGUACUCGCGCAGCAGGGAAAUGAGCCAAGAGCUGGCGAACGAGGAGGCCCUGCUGCGCUUCAUAAUUGAUUCCAUCUUCCUCUUUGCAUUUAUGCUGGCCCUGAUUUUCCACAGCCACCAGACGGAGGCCACUUACCGUCUGGACUUCAUCUGGAAGCUGCAAGCCACGGAGGAAAAGGAGGAUAUGGAGCACCUGCAGGCUUAUAACCGUAAACUGCUCGAAAACAUUCUGCCCGUUCACGUUGCCGAGCAUUUUCUGAGCCGCGAAAAGCACCUUGACGACCUCUACCACGAGCAGUGCGACUCGGUGUGCAUUCUGUUCGCCAGCAUACCCAACUUCUCCGAGUUCUACGUGGAACUGGAGGGCAACAACGAGGGCGUGGAGUGUCUGCGGCUGCUCAACGAGAUUAUCGCCGACUUCGACGAGCUGCUCAGCGAGGAGCGCUUCCGCUGCAUCGAGAAAAUCAAGAGCACGGGCGCCACUUACAUGGCGGCAUCCGGACUCACGGCGAACACCUGCGACCGGGUGAACUUCAGCCACGUGACCGCCAUGGCCGACUACGCCCUCCAGCUGUUCGACAAGAUCGAGGAGGUCAACAUGCACUCCUUCAACAACUUUCGCAUGCGAAUAGGCAUAAAUAUUGGACCUGUGGUGGCCGGCGUUAUUGGAGCCUGCAAGCCCCAAUAUGACAUUUGGGGCAACGCCGUCAACGUGGCCUCGCGAAUGGACUCCACCGGCUUGGUGGAUCACAUCCAGGUGACACAGGAGAUGCAGCAGAUUCUCGAGGGGCGUGGCUUCGAGCUCACCUGUCGCGGCAGCGUGGACGUGAAGGGCAAGGGUUCGAUGAUCACCUACUUCCUGAAGGGCAGGCGGCCCAUAGAAGCCAAGGAGUUGGAGUUGGCCAAGACCGAGGUGGAGCCACCGAAGACCUUGACCUUGGCCAAGGAGCCGGAGAAGAUGGCCACUGGAACAGCAACAGAGAAGCAGCAGGAACCGGUCAAGGAGCAGGGUUCCACGGAACAGGAGGACGACUUGCUGCCCUCGCCCGACAUUGACCUGAACUCCAAUAUGCAGAACUUGACGGCGCAGCGGAGGAAGUCGCUCUGCCGGCAGCAUAACAUAUCCUCCUCCUUCGGCACCACGGUGAGUAGCUCCACGGGCAUAACGCCCAGCAUUUCGAACAGCUCCAGUGUGGUCACCAUUGGUGCUCUGCCCGCCAUCCUGCGGGGCGGUAAUCCACUAUCGAAUGCGAAUCCCACCGCAACCGACAGCUGUUCGGAGUGUGGAGGCGCAAGUAAGUCCUUGGCCACACCCACUGCCCCGCCGAGGACACUGGUGGCGGAUCUAAAGGAUGAGAUAGCUCGGGAUGAGAAGAUUGGGUUGAAGGACUCCAUUGAGAACCUGGAGAUCCUGCUGAAGAACAACAUCAGUCUCUCCGAUCUGAGCAACAAGCAGCAGCAGAACCUCCGGGGUGAAACCAGCAGUUCCACCACCACCACUUUGAGGAAACGCGACACAAUUGUGAGUUUCAACGUGACGGAGACGGUGACCACCACAGCCACUCCCUUCACAUCCUCCUCGGGAUCGUCGAACUCCUCCUCGCAGCAGAAGAAGCGCCGCUCGGUGACCACCAUUGCGGCCAGUUUCACCACCUCGACCACCAUGCGACUGCUGUCCAACGAGAGCCAGAGCUCCACGCAGACGGCACCCGGAACUCUGGAGAGCGGUGGCUCGGUGCCCGGCCAGUCCUCCACGGAGAACUCGUCCCAGGACUGGCAGCCCCGCACAGCCUCGCUGGAACCCAACCGCAGUCCCAUCAAGACCUCGCAGUCGAUGAGCCCCAUCGGCCAGCUGACCACCGAGGUGUUUGUCCUGCCCAACAGCCGGAGCAUGGUGCUCAUCAGCAGCACGAACGGAUCGGUUUCCGCACUGGGCACAGGGGGCGGCGGAGCGAGUAGUCCGCGCACCGGACUCCUGCAGGAUGUCAGCACGUAAGGAGUGCGCAUGCAAUGCAGCCGUGUAAAUAUGUACAAAAAGGUAGGAGGUAUGUAAAAGAGGUAGGACUAUCGGUAAGGUAAUGGACUAUAAGAUAAGGUAAUGGGCAAGGUAAGGUUAAUGGUUGGGACAAGGGUGUAGUCAUUAGAUGCAUUUGGUUUGCCAGUACUCAGUGGAGUCGAACUUCUUUAGCAGGAUGCUUUGCCAUGCUAUAAAAACUACAAAGAUAUCAGAAAGAUAAUAGGAAAACCGAAUAACUGCUGUCUAUUGAUUAUUUGAUUUAAUUGAAUUAAAUGUCACAUAAAACAAAAAUCAUUUAAAUGCCUAUUUACUUAAAAAUUUACCAUAUAGAUACAAAUAUAUAAACAUUUCUUCAAGAAUCGAAGAAGAUAAUAGUGAAGUACACAAAAAUACUUACUAAAUGUUCAUUCCUAAAUGUAA